AAAUCCGCCCGCGCGCCCCCGACGCUCGUGACACGCCAGUUCUCGAGCCGAAGCUUCUGAGCGACAGACAGUCGCGUCUCGUGGACUUUACACGCACACAUGUGUGACGGAACGAACCACACCUGCGAGGAGGCUAAAGACCGCAGUAUCAAGCGUCUGUCGCUAGAGAGUGAGGUUUACAUACUUGCUCAGCACUUCACUGGCUUGACUCUGUUACACAUGGACGCGGGAAAGUCGACCUGACCCGCAACUUUAAAGGAUUUAUUUCAGCCGAUAUCGCGCAUCUAAAGCGCUUUUAUUUGGUUUCAUCCAGUCGCAGGUAACGUACCUGUGCGCGUGAUGACUAAGCGCGCGCAUGGCAGCAGAUUGUGAGAGGGCGAUCAGAGAGAUUUUCAUCUGGAAUUGUUGGUGAUGAACAGAAACAGCCAGUUUUCCAGCUGGCGGGUCUCCAGAUGUGUAUGGCUGCUGAUUGGAGGAGGCUGCACCGGUGGGUGGUCCUGCUGUGGUUAGUAGGUGUGGCUCUAGCGGGAUCAUGUGACCAGCGCUGUGACUGUCUGCCCACGCUCCUAACAGUCAACUGUUCAUCCAGACACCUGACGCGCGUCCCCGACAGCCUUCCACAAACAUCUGUGAGUCUCAACUUGAGUCAUAACGUCUUGAAGACUCUGACGAGGAGACAGUUCUCCGGUCUGACGCUGUUACGAGACUUAGAUCUCAGCCACAACGCGCUGAGCGUCAUCGAGGUGGACGCUUUCCUCGGCCUGCACAACCUCGGGACGCUGACGCUGUCUGAUAACCGUCUGAAGAUCAUUCCCGUGGGAGCUUUCACUGGUCUUCCAAACGUCCAGCGGUUGGACAUCAGCGAGAAUGACAUCCUGGUGUUUCUGGACGAUACGUUCAGAGAGAUGCCGUCUCUGCAGACGCUGGAGGUGAGUGAGAACGAUGUGGUGUUCGUGUCGAGCCGCGCGUUCGGCGGUCUGCUGAACCUGCAGGAGCUGAACAUUGACCGAUGUAACCUGACGUCGGUGCCGGUGGAGGCGUUGUCUCUUCUCGCCGGACUCUCACGCUUGCGUCUCUGCAGGAUGAGUCUCACCUCGCUGGCCAACAACUCAUUCCGUCAGCUGAGCCAUCUGAGUGAUCUCCACGUGUCUCACUGUCCCCGGCUGAGCUCUCUGGCCGUCGACAGUCUGAUGGGACUGAAUCUGAGCUCUCUCACCGUCAGUCACUGUAAUCUGACCUCUGUGCCGUGUUCUCCUCUCCGUCAUCUGGUGUAUCUGAGGGAUCUGGAUCUGUCCUAUAACCCCAUCAGCAGCGUCCGGUCUCAUCUGCUCGCUCAUCUCUUCAGAUUGCAGCAGCUGCACUUGGUGGGCUGCGGUCUGCUGGCGGUGGAUCCGGGCGCGUUCGGUGGCCUCGCCUCUCUCCGCCUGCUCCACCUGUCGGCUAAUGGGUUGGUGACGCUAGAGGAGUCGGCGUUUCAGGCCGCGGAUGCCUUGGAGGUACUGAGGCUGGACAGGAAUCCGUUGGCCUGCGAUUGUCGUCUGCUCUGGGUGAUGCGCAGACGCGCGCAACUUCGCUUCGGGGGACGCUCGCCGACCUGCGUCAAGCCAGCGCGGGUACAGGGCCGCAUAUUGGCUGACGUCACAGAGGCGGAGCUUCCCAAGUUGUUCACCUGUCGGCAAGCACGCAUUCUCAGCCGCAAGCCUCAAGACGUUCGCACUGACAAAGGUCACACGGUCCUGUUCUUCUGUGAAGCGGAUGGAGAUCCCGCGCCGUCCAUCUUCUGGCUGAAUCCCCGACGCUCCCUCCUCUCCGGCUCGGGUAGAAUCCGUGUGCUGAGUAACGGGACUCUUGAGGUGGCCGACACGCAGGUGCAGGACAGCGGCUACUAUCUGUGUGUGGCUUCCAACGCCGCAGGGAACGACAGCGUCUCCGUCAGUCUGUGGGUGCGUGGAUCUGCAGGUUCUCCUCGAGACCGCUUCUACUCGCUCCGUCCGGAGGGGUGGAGCGCUGGGUCCGGCCGAGCGGCCGUCAACGACUCUCAGGGUUCACAGCCGUUUCCGUUUGAUGUGAAAACACUGGCGAUCGCCGUCACGAUGGGCUUCAUGUGUUUCCUGAGCUCAGUGACCGUCUGUUUCAUCGUCAUGUUCUUCUGGAGUCAAAGCAAAGGUCAGAUCAAACGCACGGCCACUAUUGAGUUUGUGCUGCACAGUUCAGCAGGAGCAGCCGGUGCAGUGAAGAGCACAGAGAGAGGCAGAUUCACCAUGAAACUCAUCUGAAGAAAACACACGCGCCGCUUAUAGAGAGGAAUUCAUCACCGUGACCUCUGAAUGACCUGUGAUCACACACGUUUGGGGGGUUUAUUUGAUUCAAAGUUGUCAUUUAAAGCUGAUGCAAAAAGGGUGUGUAAUCCACAUCAAAUCUAAACAACAUUUAAGAUCCAGUUAAAGAGAAGUGAUGACAUUAGAUACUAAUGGAUCUGCUUUCACUGCCCCUGCUGACUUCUUGCUUUGUGUGUGUGUGUGUGUGUGUGUGUGUGUGUGUUCUUGUAUGUGUCUGAUGGUGUUUGUUAGAUUGUAGGUCUGUUGUGUUUUUAUUGUACAUCUUAGCUUAAAGUCCUUUUUUACUCAAUGUAUUGUACUUGCUAUAUUGUUAUGUGAUAUGUCAUUUUACUCUCUUUUAGGCUAACUUUUACCAUCUUGUCUAGGGACUACAGGUGAAAAAUAGCGUUUUGGCUUACUCUGGUAUAUUGACAGAAAUGUUUAUUAAUAUGCAUUGUCCUUGAUAUAAAUAAAAAACAAACAUCAGACUGACUCUACGGGUUCAAGGUGAGAUGGUUUUAAACCACAUCUGUUCUAAACUCCUAUUGACCGAUUCUUCUUGAUGAAGUCAUCCAUUAUAAAUGAUUUGUGUUUCAUCAAACUGUAGUUUCUAAUGAAAGAUGUAAAACAUAUUUUUAACGUAGUGUUUAUUUACACCGAGUACAAAUAGCCCGCCUUAUUAUGAAAUUUAUCGAUUUUAAGAUCAUGAGAAUCAUUUCAGUCAUGUGGAUUUGAUGGAUUCUGUUCUUAUUCCUGAACUUUUAUUUCUUCAGUGUGUUAACUUUAAUGUAGACAUGAAAAAUAUUGGAUUAUUUUCUACCCACCAAAGGGUUUAUAUUUGACCCAAUGAUGAGUUAACUAACUGGGUUCAUCCCCUCUUGACCCAACGGGUGGAAAAUAAUCAAACAGUUCUUGGAGUGAGAGAAAUGCUUUGUGUGUCAGUUGUGUGUUUGUGAAACACACUGUUUUACAUUGUCAGAUUCUGCUUCAGUCCUCCUGUCAAUAAAACUCACACAAACAAAACAAACUCCUCAUAAAAUCAUCUCAUUAUAUUGUGCAAUAAAAACGAUCAAUUAUGACAAUGUUCUCAACAACAUCUUGUGUUUCAAUAGAAGCAAGAGAAAUAUCAACGAGAGAAUUUUGCAUUUGAUCUGGGGUUAAAAAGUACUCCAGUCUUCUUUUCCAAAGUUAUCAACUGUUUUUAAAUGUAAAUGAUUGUGAUGUGAGUUUAAAAACAAACAUUUAUGUUCUCAUUUGUUAGAGAAACAGCGUUAGAUGUUGAGAUGUGAAGAUGGUGAUUUGUGUUUCAUUUCUCUUGUUUCUCGUGUCAUGAGAGAAUCUUUUGUGUUAUUUACACACUGACUGGAAAAACCUCACACACGCUGUUGACAAUUACAUGAGAAACCAGAGGAAGAACUUUAAGCAAUGUCAGUGGUGCAUUUAUCAUGUGAAAUUAAAAUAUAUAUAAGAAAAAGAUGUUUAUGUUGAAUAAUGUCUGUAUUGUUGAAUAUUACGUACAUUGAAGGAAGAGCUCUGACUGUUAACAGUGUCCGUUCAUGAUAUUAAAAUGUGUCAUUGUUCACUGCAUCAUCUGAGAUCUGUGAUUCAUCUUUACAUUUCUGUUUCAUGAACAACACUUGAUUUAAAUGCCUGAAACAUUUGACAGUAUUGACAUAUUAAACUAGACGUUUUGUGAAUGUAACAUAAAACAUGAUUUAUUCCAGCAGUUAUUGUACAUGAAUUCUCACCUUCUCUCUUCACCGGUGGGUUGAGUGUCCUCAUAAAAUAAACCAAAAAAUCACAUCAUGUUUUCUGUUGUCCUGACUUUUAGAACCAUGUUGUUUUCCUCAAAGCAUUGAAUGUAAAUAUAUGCCAACUAUUUUAGUCACAUUCUGUCAGAAAGUCUUAAAUCUUGCCUCAUCACCAUCAGGAUCAAACUCAGACUGUCUGUUUUUACUCUACACCAGUUUAUACAAAACAAAAAACACAAAUCAUUCACAGUCAUCAUAAAACAUUUCACGUGAAUAGAAUAGCGGUUUUAGAUUUGUCACUUGAGUCCAGAAACACAGUUUUAUGGAACUUGCUUACAGUUAUGAUGUUUUUUCUUACUAGGAUCACAAUCAGCUGUUGUCAUCUGUAUUUAAAGCAAAAACAUAAAGACGAUUCAUUACACACUUUGUGUGCAUUCUAUAUCUUUAUUUUUC